GGCGUGCCGGGGCGGGACUGAAGUGACGGAACUGUCAAGGCGCAGAAGUCGUUGUCCCCACGGCAGAGAGGCGGGUCCGCGGCUGGCGACGCCGCCCGGGCUGCCCCGCGCCGGGCCGGGCCGGGGACCGCCGAGCCGGGUGUCCGCGACGCCCACCGAGUCCGAUGGCGGCGGCCGCGCCCAGGGAGCCGCCGCAGAAAAGAUAACAGACUAUGGGGGUAAAGGAGGAGGCAGGAGUCCAGGAGGAGGCAGCUGCUAUAAUCCACAUUGAUGGACCAGGGUGGUGGCCAUAGAGGUGGGUGAAAAGUUGAACUCUGUCCAUUUUUUUAAGUGGGGUGGAUUUUUUGAUGUAGUUGAGAGACAGAAAGGGAGGGGUCCAGGAUGACCCCAGGGUUUUUGGUCCUUAAAGCUGAAGGGAUGGAAAUUCCAUCAUGUGGGAUGGGGUAAUUGAUGAUCGGUUAAUUUUCUUUCGGACUGUGAGGAGUUUUGUUUGGUCUUGUUAAGAGUCUCAGAUAUUUCAGAGAAUUGUGAGUGGAGACAGCAAAUGGGUAUCUGGAUUCACAGGUCUGGGUAUCCUGGGAAGAGGUUUUGGAUGAAGACAUCCAUAAGUGGAUAGUGUGACCUUUGAGGACAUUGCUGUGUACUUCUCCUGGGAGGAGUGGAGGCUCCUUGAUGAGGCUCAGAGAUGCCUGUACCACGAUGUGAUGCUGGAGAACUUUACACUUAUAUCCUCACUGGGUUGCUGCUGUGGAGCAGAGGAUACGGAGGCACCUUUUGAACAGAGCACUUCUAUAGGUGUGUCACAGACCAGGACGCCCAAGGCAGCUCUGUCUUCCCGGAAGACCCACCCCUGUGAGAUGUGUGGUCCAGUCUUGAGAGACAUUUUCCACUUGGCUGUGCACCAGGGAAAAGAAAACAACCAGAAACUGAUGAGGUGUGGGGCAUGUGCGAAACGAUUUUAUUUCAACAUAAAGUCUCAGCAGCAGGAGCAGCACGUGGGAGAGAAACCGUUUAGAUGCAGUGUGGACAAGGCCUCUUUUGUGAAGAGCUGCAGAAUCCAUGAUUCAGGAAAGCCCUUUACCUGUGGAGAGGUUGAGAAGGACUUCCUGUCUAGCUUGGGGCAUCUGCAUCAAGAGGCCACACAUACUGGGGAGAAGCCACACACAAUCACCCAGUGCAGGGCAUCUUUACAAAGCAAAAAAAGUCAUUACACCUGGGGAGAAUUCAAGAAAGCCUUUGGUCCCAAACACACACUUGUUCAGGACCACAGUUUUGUGUGCAAUGAAUGUGGGAAGACAUUCAGGUACAAAUCUUCAUUUGCUAUACACCAGAGAUUCCAUACUGGAAAAAGACAUCAUGAGUUUGGUGAAUGCGGAAAAUCCCUUAGGCAGAGCUCAACCCUCAGUCAACAUGGAAAGACUCACACUGGGUCCAGGCAAUACAAGUGCAGCAAAUGUGGGAAAUCCUUAAGCCACAAAUCUGUCCUCAUUCAUCCCCAGAAAUGGCACAAUGGAGAAAACAGUUAUGUGUGCAGUGAAUGUGCAAAAUCUUUUAGCCAUAGCUCAGUGUUGAUUCCAUGUAGAGUUCAAACUGGAGAAAGGCCUUACAAGUGUAGUGACUGUGCAAAAUCUUUUACCUCUAUCUCUGCCCUCAGUUAUCAUCAGAGAUCUCACACAGGAGAAAGGCCUUAUGAAUGCAGUGAAUGUGGGAAAUCUUUUAUCUCUAGGUCUGACCUCCGUUAUCAUCAGAGAGUUCAUUCGGGAGAAAGGCCUUAUGAGUGCAGUGAAUGUGGGAAAUCUUUUAUCACUCGUACUGCUCUCCGUUAUCAUCACAGAGUUCACACUGGAGAAAGGCCUUACGAGUGCAGUGAAUGUGGCAAGUCCUUUACUCGAAGAAAUAACCUCAUUAUACACCUAAGAGUUCACUCAGGUGAAAGACCUUAUGAGUGUAGUGAAUGUGGGAAAUCUUUUACCUUUAGCUCCAGCCUGCGUUACCACCACAGAGUUCACACUGGAGAAAGGCCUUAUGAGUGUAGUGAAUGUGGGAAGUCUUUUAACAAUAGGUGGACACUCAUUCGACACCGGAGAAUUCACACAGGAGAAAAGCCUUAUGUGUGCAGUAAAUGUGGGAAAUCUUUUACGUGUAGCUCCACUCUCCAGUAUCAUCAUCGAGGUCACCUUGGAGAAAGACCUUAUGAGUGUAGUGAAUGUGGGAGAUCUUUUACCACUAGUUCUGCCCUCCGUUAUCACCAGAGAGUUCAUACUGGAGAAAGGCCUUAUGAGUGCAGUGAAUGUGGGAAAUCUUUUAUUUCUAGGUCUGACCUCCAUUAUCAUCAUAGAGUUCAUUCUGGAGAAAGGCCUUACGAGUGUAGUGAAUGUGGGAAAUCCUUUAUCCGAAGAAAUAACCUCAUUUUACAUCAGAGAGUUCACACAGGAGAAAGGCCUUACAAGUGUAGUGAAUGUGGGAAAUCUUUUAACAAUAGGUGGACGCUCAUUCAACACCAGAGAGUUCACACAGGAGAAAAACCGUAUGUGUGCAGUGAAUGUGGGAAAUCUUUUACCUGUAGCUCCACGCUCUGUUACCACCAAAGAGUUCAUGAAGGUAAAAGGCCUUAUGAAUGCAAUGAAUGUGGGAAGUCUUUUACCUCCAGUUCCACUCUCCGUUAUCAUCAGAGAGUUCACACAGGAGAAAGGCCUUACAAGUGCAGUGAAUGUGGGAAAUCUUUUACUUUUAGUGCCAGCCUUCGUUAUCAUCACAGAGUUCACAGUGGAGAAAGGCCUUAUGAGUGCACUGAAUGUGGGAAAUCCUUUAAGGAUAGAUCACAAUUCAAUAAACACCGGAGAACUCACACGGGAGAAAGGCCUUAUGAAUGCAGUGAAUGUGGGAAGACAUUUAGCCAAAAAUCUUCCCUGUCAAUACACCAGAGAAUUCAUAAUAGCGAACGGUCUUAUGAGUGUAGUGCUUGUGGGAAAUCUUUUACAUCUGUCUCUGGCCUUGGUUAUCAUCAUAGAGUUCAUAGGGGAGAAAAACCUUAUCAGUGCAGUGAAUGUGGGAAAUCUUUCACCAAUAGCUCAAUACUGAUUCGACACCAGAGAGUUCACACAGGAGAAAGACCUUAUGUGUGCAGUGAAUGUGGAAAGUCUUUUACCAGUAGCGCUACCCUCUCUUAUCAUCAGAGAGUUCAUGCAGGUAAAAGGCCUUAUGAAUGCAGCGAAUGUGGGAAAUCAUUUACCUCCAGUUCUACCCUUCGUUAUCAUCAGAGAGUUCAUGCAGGAGAUAGGCCUUUCAGGUGUAGUGAAUGUGGAAAAUCUUUUAUCUCCAGCUCCAAACUACGUUAUCAUCAGAGAGUUCACACUGGAGAAAGGCCUUAUGAGUGCAGUGAAUGUGGAAAAUCCUUCAGGGAUAGUUCCCAAUUCAGUCAACACCGGAGAGGUCAUACUGGAGAAAGGCCUUACGAGUGUAGUGAAUGUGGGAAGUUUUUUACACGAAAAUCUACCCUCUCUCAACAUCAAAGAGUUCACACUAGAGAAAGGCCUUAGGUGUGCAGGGAAUGUGUAAUUUCCUAUUUACUGUUAACAACACUGGAGGGAACGCUGAGGAGCCAUCUAUCUGAACUGAAUCUCAGAUAUCUAAACAUGCACAGUGGGAUAUCCCUUGGAAGUUUCAGUACUGUAGUAAGCUUGUGUAAAUAUGUUGCACUUUCUAAGCUGUCCAGGGCUCUUUCUAGAUUUAGCUCACUGCUAGAUUUGUGACCAAAGCCUUUUCACCUCUCCUGCCUGGCAGGUCCACAAAGUAUGCAUCCAUCACCUCCACAAUGUAUUCAGUGAAGCUGACCUUUGUUCUCUCAUGAAUUAGAACAAAUUAGGUAUAACCUGAGCCCUUGGGGUCAGCUUCCCCAUCUCCUUAAGUACCUUGGGUAUGGACCUGAAUCACUGAUGACCCAGGAAAUAUGGGUUUGGCUGGCAGCUUACAGAGAAUGACUACCUUUUUCAGGGACAUGUUAGUCUCAUGUGACACUUGUGAUGAGUUUUUUCAGCUUCCAAGUCCAAAACGGUAAAUGCCGCACAUUGCUUUGGCUUAUGUGACUAUCAAGGUCUUACUCUUUAAGUACUCUUUAAUCUUAGAUGUUCUACUUACUCUGUGGGGUAGUUUAUAUACGGAUUUGGGCUCAACAAGCAUCACUGGGUGAACUUUUUAGGAGUCUAAAAUUGUCUGUACUUGAGGAUGGCAGAAAAUAGCUUGCCAGUUUUGACCAAAUUUGCAUUGCUGCCCUACAACCUCUGAAAAGCUGCAGGGCUUUCUGGUUUUCAUUUGAGAUCUGGAUGCUUUGUGUUUUAGGAGUUUCAGUGAUGACCCCCAAGGAGGGGGCAGUUGUGAGAUCCUCAGAUGCUUCUGAAAGGAGCAGGAAUUUCUUCCCCUUACUCAAAGGAGACAUCACAGGGGAUGUCAGCAUUGUUGAGGGGUUAUGUUCUUCAGCUUUACAAACAGCUAUGUGCCCUGAUGUCCACAAUCUGUUGGGCUAGGGUCACUGGUUUUAAGAACCACAGUGUGCAGGGGAAGCCAUAAUUGGUACAGAAACCUGGCUUAAUAGGAAGUGGAGGAGACUGCAUCUAAGUAGAAUGUGCCUCUUCUAAAAAUGGAUCCAGACAAGUUUCUGUGACAGUGACUGUAGAAUCAGUGUGUAUACAAAUCUCAGGACCUCCAGGCAUAUUUAUCUUGUGUAGGUAGUCAUUGUCAGAGAAAAAAAUAAAAACUAAAAUAAUCAAAAGGUUCUGUGGUUUUCUCUCAGUGAUGUUUGCCUCAAAGCCACUACCACAGAUGCGGGGAAAAAAGAUAAAGGGGGAUCUGUAUUUCUGGGAUAUGGCACUUGUGACCCAGGAAGCAUUCCUUUUGACUUGUUUAGAAAUAUUCUUCAUUGUUCUCCACAUCUGCUGCCACUGGGGUAGUAUCUUCGUAGGCAUGAGAAAGAGAGAUGGAGUCCGUGUGGGGUUGUCAAACCUAUUUUCCAAAAAGUGGGACAAAGACAUUGUCUUGAGCCAUUUUUAAAGCUUUAUUGAGAUAUGGUUUAUAUGUACUAAUCUGCAUAUAUUUACAGUAUAAUUUGGCGAGUUUUGAUAUAGUUACGAACUUCUGAAACCAUCAUCAUAGUCCUGAUAAUGACCGUAUCUGUCACAUUAUGUUUACCUCAUGUCCUUUUAUAAUCUCCCUUGCCCCUCCCACCCUUCAGGUAACCACUGAUUUACUUUCUCUUAAAAUAGGUGGAUGGAUACCUUUGAAUUUUUUGAAUCUAUGUUUGGAAUUGAGUAUUUUGUUUUUCCUUAUGUGUCACAAUUAUUUGAGAUUCAUCAAUGAUACU